CCGCCGCAGGCUGCUCUCCCUCUCCCUCCAGUUCGCCCCGCCCGGCCUAGGCCGCGGGACUUGCGCGCGGCAGCGGCGGUGACGAGCGGGGCCCGUGGGCCGCUGUGGGAUGGCGACGCGGCCGCUGCUGCGCGCCGUCAUCAUGGGCCCGCCGGGCUCCGGCAAGGGCACGAUCUCGGCGCGGAUCAUAAAGCACUUCGCGCUGAAGCACCUCUCUAGCGGAGAUCUGCUGAGGGACAACAUGCAGAGGAGGACAGAAGUUGGAAUCCUUGCCAAGUCCUACAUUGAUCAAGGAAAGCUUAUUCCAGAUGACAUAAUGACAUGGCUGAUGCUGAAUGAGCUAAAAGGUCUAGAUCACUACAACUGGCUGCUGGAUGGUUUCCCUAGAACAGUUGCUCAGGCAGAAGCCCUGGAUAAAGAAUGUCAAGUAGACACUGUGAUUGACCUAGAUGUACCAUUUGAAACCAUAAAAUAUCGGCUCACUGCACGCUGGAUCCACCCUACUAGUGGCAGAGUCUACAACCUUGAAUUCAGUCCUCCAAAAGUGCAGGGCAUUGAUGAUAUUACUGGAGAGCCACUUGUUCAACGAGAUGAUGAUAAGCCAGAGACGGUUACCAAGAGGCUGCAGGCUUACGAUGCACAAACAAAACCUGUUCUAGAAUAUUAUCGGGAAAAAGGGCUGUUGAAAUCCUUCUCUGGAACAGAAACUAAUCAAAUCUGGCCACAUAUCUAUACUUUCCUCCAAACCAAGUUGCCAGAUGUGAGCCAGAAAGAUGCUGCCACCCCCAGGUGAAAUUAGGUCUAACUUCUGCUCAUUGGUCAUAGCACGCACUUGAUUACAUGAGAUUCAGCAAUCUAGGAUUAUUCAAGUAGUGUACCAGACUGAUCAAUAAUUAAAGUCUAUUGUUGUCCUUAACUUACAUGAUGAUAAAACUAUGUCUUCUGUGGUUCUCUCUUCAACGCUGUAUUUGUUUUUAAUAUUAAAUAUGCCUGAGUUUUAUAAUGUAGUAACUGACUUUAACAAAAGCAGAUACUCUUGUGUCUCUGUUAAUCAGAAAACGGUCACGUUUGGCAAUAAUGGUGAAGGAAAUACAUUUCAGAAUACAGCUUAAUUACAGAGGAUUUUUGCUGACUUAAUCGUUCAUUAACUACAGCAUGAAACAAUGAUAAGGGUAUGGAAGCAAGAUUCUUGACCGCGUGAUUUGUUGUGGCCAGACAAAAGCUGUGUGGGACCAUGGCUGCCGGCCUGCAAGAAAUGCUUUCAGCUCAGAACUGGCACAGAAUCACAGAAUGGUUUGGGUUGGAAGGGAUGUUAAAAGAUCAUUUAGUUAAAUCAUCAAUCAUUUAGUUAAAGCUCUCUACCUCAGGCUGCUUAAAGCUGCAUUCACCCUGACUUAGAACACAACUUCCUUGGCAACUUCUUUCAGUUGCUCACCAUCUUCUUUGUGAAAAAAAAUUCUUCCUUAUAUAGUUGUAGGUUAAUCGUGUAAAAUGAUACCAUUCCUUAGCUUUACUGGUUUUGCUGGGGUUAAGUUACUCUUAGGUGGAUGAUUUGCCCUAUUGCCAUGGUUCUAUUUCUGCCUCCAGCUAUAUUAUUGGCAUAAAAAUGUUUAAUGACUUA